AUGUUUAAAACUCCUCAUAAACAUAUUAACGGUAGUAGUACUACUGCCUCCACUUCCACCUCCAAUGGUACCACUAAUGCCAACUCACAAAGUUUAGAUUCAAGAAAAAGACAAUCUAAAAAGGAUGAUGCUAUUAGAAGAAAGAUUGAAAAUGAUUUAAGUAAGAAAAAGAAAACUGGUACUAAAUCAUCUAAACAGAAACAUAUAACUCCUGGUACAGUCUCUUCAUUAAGACCAAGUGAUCCAAUCAUUUGUAAAACUUCUUCCACCGUUUAUGAAGUAUCUCAAUUAAUGUCUGCUAAACGUGAAAAUUGUGUAUUAGUAGUUAAUGAUAAUGGGGAAUUAUUAGGAAUAUUUACUGCCAAAGAUUUAGCCUUUAGAGUUGUAGGUUCAAAUUUAAAUGCUGCUACUGUUACUAUUGAUAAAAUCAUGUCUCCAAAUCCUUUAUGUGCUAAUUCAACAGCUCCAGCUCUGGAAGCUUUAACUUUAAUGGUUGAAAGAGGAUUCAGACAUUUACCUGUUUUAGAUGAAAAUAAUCAUAUUGUGGGGGUAUUAGAUAUCACUAAAUGUUAUGCUCAACAAAUGGAAAAAUUAGAAAGAAUGCAUGCUUCAUCAAAGAAAUUAUAUGAUGCAUUAGAUUCAGUUCAUUCAGAAAUGGGUAGUUUAAGUGAACAACCUUUACAAGUAUUUCAAUAUUUUGAAGAUUUAAGAAAUAAAAUGAAUGGUCCAACUUUAGAAUCAGUAUUAGAUUCUGCAACUAUCCCAGUUUAUGCUGAUGUUAAAACUUCAGUAUUUGAUGCCACUGUUUUAAUGAAACAAAAUAGAACUACCGCUGUUUUAGUUAAAGAUAAUAAUGAUGAUGUUACUGGUAUUUUUACUUCUAAAGAUGUUGUAUUAAGAGUAAUUGCUGCUGGUUUAAAUCCAAAAAAAUGUUCUUUAGUUAGAGUUAUGACUCCUCAACCUGAUGUUGCUAAUGUUACUUUACCAAUUCAACAAGCUUUAAGACAAAUGUUUGAUGGUCAUUAUUUAAAUUUACCUGUUAUUGGUGAUCAACAUGAAAUUAUUGGUAUUGUUGAAGUUUUAAAAUUAACUUAUGCUACUUUAAAUCAAAUUAAAGAAAUCGAAUCAUCAUCAUCUGAACAUGGUAAUGGUAGUACCAUAAGUCUUAAUUCAAAACAACCAUCUCAAUCACAACAGGGACAACCACCAGCAAAUCACGAAGGACCAGCUUGGAAUAAAUUUUGGAGUGGAUUAGAUAAUGAAGAUAGUGAAUCUGUUGCAUCAGAUUCAGUUACUGGUAGUGUCCCUGAUGUUACUGCUUCUGAAUUCCAUUCCUUUAAUGUUGAUAUUAAACCAUCAGAUUCUAUUUCUCAUACUGGAUCUCCAAGUAAAUCAAGUCAAAAAGUAUCAACUAAUAAUUCUAGUUUAUUAAGAGAACAAAUUGAUUUACCAUUUACAUUCAAAUUUAAAUCUCCAGCCAUUGAAGGUAGAGUUCAUAGAAUUAGUUUAAAACCAAGUGAAGGUAUUAAAAAAUUAAGAAUUUUAAUUAAUGAAAAAUUAAGUGAAAAAGAUUUUCAAGUUUUAAAAAUUAAGAAUUCACUUGAAGAUGGAGAAAGUUAUGCUAUAAGUUAUAUUGAUGAUGAAGGUGAUAUUGUAUCUAUUACAUCUGAUAAUGAUUUAGUAGAAUGUAUUACUAUAAAUCAAAAAUUAGAUAAUGAUAAAGCUGAUUUAUUCCUUCAUAAUCCUCAUGAAUCAGCGGUUAAUUCAUCAACUCGUCCAAGUAGAAAAAGUUCAAAUAAUAAGAAACAUUCAAGUUCAUCUUCAACUAUCAUUAGUGGUGUUCCUAAUGAAAUCCUUAUACCAGGAGCUUUAGCUUUCUUAGCUUCUUCAAUUGUAGUUGGUGUUAGUUUAAGUAGAAGAUAA